AUGAACCGGCUUCAAUGCACCACUGCUGACCACAGCAAUGUAAUUAAACGAGUGGGGUGGAUUGGCUUCUGCGCGAAAUUUUCUUCGCGUGUCCGGGUGGCGCAGGAACGGGCCGCAAGUGCACAAUGUUGCCGACUACAGUGUUUCAAUGGUGAUGCUGGUGGUGAUGCUAGUGGUGGUGAUGGUGGUGGAACGUUACGAAGAUCGCGCGACACACCCGAAAAGGCAAAAAAAAAUUUUCCUUAG